AUGCCCAUCUGGAUCCAAAAAACAGCACAGAAGAGUCUCCUCAGAGGCAUCAGCUGUGAGAAACUUGCAUUUCUUCAGGACAGUUACACAGAAAACAGGCUCAGCAGCUGGAACACAGGCAAGCGUUCCUCACGCAUCUGCAUCGCUCCAAUUCAAAUUCUCUACAGCAGGCAGCGGGCGCACGGCGAGCCCCAGGGCCACCGCCACGAGCCCCACGGCCACCACCGCGGGGAGGCCGCCCGCCGAGAGCCACCCCAGGAGGCCGCCGAGAGCAUCCAUGUGGGAAGCAGCCACGUGCCAGCCCCGCAGCACCAACACAGGGCGGUCCCCGCUCCGCAACGCGGCCGCGUUAGCGAAAACGGCCGCUUCUGUCGUGCGUUUUCACCGCGUUUCCCCAGGCGGGGCCAGAGGGAAGAGGACGGAGCAGCAAGGAUGGCCACGGGGACGGUUCUGAUCACGGGAGGAGGCGGUUACUUUGGCUUCCGUUUAGGUUGUGCCAUGUACGAGAAGGGAGUUGAUGUGAUUCUGUUUGAUGUCGUGAAGCCGACUCAGGCGGUGCCGGAGGGAGUCAGGUUCGUGCAGGGCGAUGUCCGUCGUCUCUCUGAAGUGGAAGAGGCUCUCAGAGAUGUAAUCUGCGUCUUCCAUAUCGCUUCCUAUGGGAUGUCUGGCAGGGAGCAGCUGAACCGAAAACUCAUAGAAGAUGUUAACGUGAAAGGCACGGAAAAUGUCAUCCAGGCCUGCAAGACCUCGGGAGUGUCAAGUCUGGUUUAUACAAGUACAUACAAUGUGAUAUUUGGGGGCCAGAUUAUAGAAAAUGGGAACGAGUCUCUGCCUUACCUCCCUCUCCAUCUUCAUCCAGAUCACUACUCCCGGACCAAAGCUUUAGCUGAAAUGAAGGUGCUGGAGGCAAAUGGUGCUGAGCUCAGAAAUGGGAAAGGUGUGUUAAGGACUUGUGCUCUCCGACCAGCGGGCAUCUAUGGGCCUGGAGAGCAAAGACACCUUCCAAGAAUAGUUAGUUACAUCGAAAGGGGUCUGUUUAAAUUUGUAUAUGGAGAUCCUCUCAGUUUAGUAGAAUUCGUACAUGUAGAUAAUCUGGUUCAGGCUCAUAUCCUUGCAUCGGAAGCCCUCAAAGCCAACAAAGGACACAUAGCUGCAGGCCAAGCCUAUUUUAUUUCAGAUGGCAGGCCAGUAAAUAACUUUGAAUUUUUCCGGCCUUUAGUAGAAGGCUUGGGUUACAAGUUCCCGACUCUUCGUCUUCCUCUCUCCCUUGUCUAUUUUUUUGCAUUCCUCACUGAAGCAGCUCAUUUUCUUAUAGGUCAUGUUUAUAAUUUUCAACCUCUCCUUACUCGUACAGAAGUUUACAAAACUGGUGUCACGCACUAUUUUAGCAUGGAGAAGGCCAGGAAGGAGCUGGGGUACAAGCCUCAGCAGUUUAACCUAAAUGAAGUAGUUGAGUGGUUUCGAUCUCGGGGAUGUGGAGCAAAGCCAAGGCCGUACACCAUGAACUGCCUUCUCAGGGAUGGAGCGUUGGUCUUGCUCUUGAUAACUCUUUUGGUCUCAUGGUUUCCAGCUGCAGUUACAUUUUCACUCUGAAAGGUGAAACACUUCGGUACUUCAGAAGGACAGAACUUUGUUCUGUUGAG